AUAUUGGGCAAAUAUUGCUGUAGAAACAGCAAGAUUCGAUAAAAAACAACAAAUUGAACAAAGACAGCAAACAAAAAGUAAUAUCAUUAAAGAUACCGAUACUGAUAGCGUAAUAUCUGACAAAAUGCACCAAGAAGAGUCAGAUACAUUCUUUACAAAUCUACAUCAAGAUCAACAAAUAAUAGAUCCUAAAGAGUAUCAGAAGCCAUAUAUUUCACCGACUAUGUCAGAACUAAAUAUUGGCAAAUCCUCUUAUUCGCAACAAGAAUUAAUACCCCCACCAUCACCGCGGUAUUCUGCAAAUACCUCGCCAACACAUACUAGAACGGCAUCAAUACAUUCAACAGAAGGCACAAAUGAUUUUAGUCAAUUGGAUGCCUCAACGCAUCCAAUAACUAUAGUACCAGCUAAACCAAAAUCAUUUGGAGAAAAACUUAGCGACAUAUUCUCAACAGCAACUUCAUACCUUCCGAGGUUUUCUAAAAAGAAAACUAUACCGGAUUUAAGACAAACUGCAAUAAAAGAUAGUGCAGUAUCGCAAAUAAAAGAAGAUAACCAAGUAUCGCCAGAAGAACAAGAAUUCUACAGGAAUAGGAAAAUAUCCUUUAAUCAAAGGCAUACGGAACUGGAACAAACCAGUUCAAUUACUAUUAAAACCACUAAAGGCAAAGAAAGGUCAAAUGAAGAACAGAUAAAAGAAAUAUGGGAAGUACCUUCAGAAUAUCAUAAACACUCACUCCCUCCGGGAUCAAAUAUAGAAUAUAAAAUAACUGGACAUAAUAACCAAUCCCAUGAACUAUCACUACCAAUAAACGAACAAUCAGAACAAUCAUCAUUAUACCAAUCAGAAGAAAUAUCACCUGAACUUAAACCAACGGGUGAACGACCUUCAACCCCAAUACCAA